AUGUCCGAUCCUUCUAGUCCUCCUUCUAGUCCUCCUCCUAGCCCUCCCUCUAGUCCGACGGGAGUGACUCUUCACCCUUGUGGCUGCGGGGAAUGUGCAUGGGGUCGGUCUACCUUGCCUAAGACAGAAUACCAACAUUUUCGUGGUGUAGGAACAUUCACUGGUGUAUUGAGAAUGGACAGUACAAAUACAUUUUGGAAACUGAACGAUCCCAACUUUGACUUUGAAGAGGGGGCUACGGUCCACGACAUGGCAGGUACAGGACAUUUGAUGGAUUUUAGUGAGUUCUGUUUGGAAGUCCAGCAGUACGAUCAGUAUUGCGCUGUACCGCCGGGAAACCAUUGGAAAAUCCCAGAGAUUCGGUCGGGUGACCACGUCAGGGUCUGUGCCUACAAGUAUGUUCCUGCUGCUGGAUGGACGGCAUCAGAGCGGUUGUGGGUGCUGGCCGUGGCUGUGACAAAUACGGGCAUUGUUGUGGGCAUUAGCGCCAACCGCAUUGAGAAUCAUUUUCUGAGAGCCCUCAACUACCCCCCUGAUACAGUGCCCGACCCCAAGUUUGACUUGGAUAGAGGAGACCCUGUGUCCUUUCCAGUGACUUGUGUUAUUGUGGUCGAACAUGGGGAGAAUUGGUGA